CUCCUAUAACUUGAGUCUGCACUUGCACAACCUAUCCAUCUCAUUUCAAUCACUACCUCUAAUCACCUAAUCGAAUUAAUCUUCACCACAAACAUACAAUCAACAUGAAGUUCACCACCGCCGCCGCCGCCUCUGCCCUGGCUGCCAUCUCCGCCGCCGCUCCUCUGGCCGCCGCCGACGACAUUGUCAAGUCCAACCAGGUCUUCAAUGUGAUUGCCGAGGCCCCUGGCACCGACUUUGACGGCCUCUGGUGGCAAGCCUCUGCCAACGGACUGCUCAUGGGCGGCACCAACCAAACCGCCUCGUGCGGCCCCAAGCCCCACAACUACGCCGACUUUGUCAUCGGCGACAACGCCCUGUACCUGUACACGGCCAACCCACCCCAGCAGAUGGCCGUGUACCGCGACGGCAUGGGCCGCGGCCUGAUGCAGUACACGACUGGCGUGCAGCCCGCAGGCCGCAACAGCGAGCGCACCACCUUUGUCGUCAACGACGACGGCUACCUCGUCUUCCGCAGCGUCAACGCCGACGACACGGGCUUCCAGGCCUGCGCCCCGGCCGUCGGCGCAAAGUACUCCAUCUGGCUCCAGGGCUGGGACAACCCCACUGGCUCCUUCGACACGUGCACCAAGUUCAAGGCGCGUGCUGUCCACGCCGUCGACCCCGUCAAGUGCGCCUACAGCACAUCUUAAACCAACCAACCAACCAACCAACCAAAUCACACACGAACAUGCCCAACGGCCAGACAUUUACAACAACAACAACAACAAUAACCACAAAAACUUACGAAAAAGUUCAUCGAUUAUGUUUUGUCGAGCGGCUUGGGGGGGGGGGUUUAAACACCCUAGUUAUUGCCAUUAGAAGCAUCUUGCUAUGUUUUAGAUUACCAUGAUGCUUAUCUGUAUAUAUGAAUAGAUAUGUUCGAGGCUCUCUGCCAACCCAACACAACCC